AAAUCAUUCGACAGACUUUUGGAGUGUUUGAGAGAGAUAUUGCCCGAGGGUAAUCAGUGCCCAGGGAAUUAUUACCAGACGAGGAAGCUUCUUUGUGAGGUGGGCUUAGGCUAUGAGCAAAUUGAUGUUUGUCAAUACGAUUGUGCAUUGUUUUAUGGUGAGAAUGCAAAUGCAGUGUCAUGUCCUGUAUGCAAGUCUAGUCGUUAUAAUUUUAGUCAUGGCACCUGGUCGUCGCACCACUCGAUCUACUGCUCAAAGUCAACAAGUUGAACCAGUCAUUGAUCCUCCUGCUCCACCUUCACAAGUUUUUCGCACUACUCGGUCGAGAAUAGAGAAUCAACAAGUUGAACCAGUCAUUGAUCCUCCUGCUCCACCUACACAAGUUAUUCGCACUACUCGGUCGAGUUUAGAGAAUCAACAAGUUUGUCGCACCACUCGAUCUACGGUACUCAGUCAACGACCUAGAACCAUCGCACAAUCUAAUGUAGAGAGAGAACACCCUCAAGGCUCCACACACCCUACUGUACAGGGUGAACAAGUCAAUGUGACGACCCAUGUUGAUACCGAAGAUGAUAAUCAAUCUUCCCAAGUUCCAUCAGGACAAACAUCUUCCUUUAAGCCACGUGGAGUUACUCGCGGCUUGACAACUACAACUAUAGCUAAGGCAUCAUCAACUGGAAAGUUGUUAGUGACUUUUAAUGUGAAGUGCCGUCAACCAAUUUGUACUAAUGCUGAGAAAUUUAAUAAUGAGAUUGGAUUCAUUAUUCGGAAUCAUGGUACAUUUCAUUAUAAAGAGUGGAGAAUGGUCCCAGAAGAUGUGAGAGCUCCAUUGCGACACUAUCUUUUGGAACAUUUUGACAUCAACUUGAAUGAUGAGACAACUAAAAAAUGCAUUGAUGAGCAAAUGAGAAAAGCUUGGAAGGGUCAUAAGUACAAGCUGCACUUAUAUUUCAAAGAAAUUGGAGGAGAAAACGAUCUUGAGAUGGCCAAGAGCAAGCGUCAUCCAGACUUAAAAGAAGAACAUCAAGAAGAUUGGAUGAUUUUGUGUGAUCGUUGGUGUUCUCCUGAAUUUAAGGAAAGAGCAUUAAAGAAUACUACCAAUCGAUCAAAGAGGAAAUGGGAGUCGAAAAAUGGUUCAGUCUCCACACCACGACAUCACAUUCGACGUGGAAUGGUGUUAACUUCUCCUACCGGUCAAAUUGAGACAUGGCGUCUAAAGCAUUAUGAUGUUGAGAAAGGAUGGACUGGAAUAGAGCUUGGGCCAUUAUAUGUAAGUAAUUUAAAUUUUUAUUUAUUAUAUUUCUUACUAAUAAUUAAUUAAAUAUAAUAUUAGGAUAAAAUGAUGGAGUUAAGGGGUCAACAUCCUCCAGAAGAACUGUCUGAUAAAGAGCUUAUGGAGCGUGUACUUGGACGUGAUUCGGUAUACUUGCGAGGGUGGGAGCGGUCUCCUAGUGUCACAACUUCUACUUCACAUCGUGAAAAUAAUGUGGGUAAUCAACCAACUUAUAAAGAG